AUGGUCAACAGCGCGUCCCAGGUGGUUGAGAACCUGCGCCUGAUGUACAUGCCACGCGACCGCCGCGCGCUGGUCAGGGUACCGGUGGCCCUGUGGGGCGAGGAGUCGGCGCCGGGCGUCAAGGGCGGCGGCUGGCUGCACGUCGUGAACAGAGCGGUGCCGCUUAUGUGCCAGGGGUGGGCGGUGCCGCCCAAGAUUGAGCUGGACGUGGGGAAGAUGAGGACGGGUGACCUUAUCAGGUACAGCGACGUGCCGACGCCCGAUGGCUGCGUGCUGCGCGCCAAAGACCCGCUGCAGCCUGUGGUGCGAUGCGCAGCCAGGGUUGGCGGAGAGUGA